UUUGGGAGGUACGCUCCUUUCCUCUUCUCUCCAUUGUUUGACCGUUUAACAUAAUUUUGAGUUUUGAGCAUUAAACACCAAAACCCUAGAAUUUUGUCUGUUCCUCCCUUGCCAACAUACACUUCACUCCCACUCAAAUCCCUCUUUAAAUAUCUUGUGUUUUCCCUUUAUUUUAUUCAAUUUGCAUUCGUUUCCGUAGAAGCUAACAGAGACUGAAAGCAGAAACGAAUUGACGUUAUGGAUGUGGAAAAAAUCUCUUCUGCUAAUGCUGCUCUGCAGAAAAUGGUGUGCUGUUCCAUCCUUGGGGCCGCUCAAAGCUGCCUCCUUUUGCUUCUUAUAAUGAGUGGGACUCUGGUCAAUGAUACAGAUGUUGUUCCAUCCCUGACGAAUAUAAGGUUCCCAUUUGGUGAUCUUAAAAAAGACACAGAAACAGAGGAGAACAAAGAUGCUGGUGAGAGUGACGACUCUGAUGAUGAUGACGAAGCCAGUGAUGAUGAUGACAGUGAUGAGGAUGACGACGAUUACUCUGGAGAUGGGGGUGAUGACGAUGAUUUAGACUCUGAUGAUGAGGUUGAGGCCAAUGGUAAUGCAGGGAGUGAUGAUGAAGAUGAUAGCGAUGACGACGAAGAUGAUGAUGGAGACGAUGACGAUGAUGAUGAAGAUGACGAUGACGACAGCGAUGAUGAUGAAGAUAAACGGCCAUCAAAGAAGAAGAAGUGAGAUGUGAGGUUUCUAUUUUGUUUUCAGCUAUAGCAAGUAGCAUUUUUAAUGGUAUCUGUUUUGGUCAUAUUGACUGAAACUAUGUUGUUUGGUUUGAUUUUGGAAUUACUUUUAUAUUAGACAUUACUCCAUUUCAUUGGAGAGUGAAUUGAAACAUGUUACUGGCUAUGAAUUUAAUUCAUCAAUUUUUCAUCUUUUUGUUUGAUAAAUUUAUCUUCAUCAGUGAAGGCCAAACUUAUAA